AGAUCUUUGAAGGGGAAGGGGAAGCCCCUCAUCGGUUCAGAAAUGGCUCCACUCAUGCACUUGAGUUUCAGAAAGGUACUCCUGCUUUCCUCUGCUCUUGUCUUCUUCUUGCCUACUCUCCUCCUUUCUGCCCACUCUGAGUCCGUUGAGAGCUCACACUCUGUUGCCAGUACAAGGAAAAUCUUGUUAGAAUUAGAAAUCGACCCAGACCAGGACCUGCCCAAAAAGACCAAGACCUCCACCACCACCAAAUCCUCAAAAAACCAGACCAAAUUGAUCAAACCCACCUUGUCAUCCUCAAAAAACAAGACCGAAUUGAUCAAACCAACCUUGUCUUCCUCGAAAAACCAGACCAAACUCCUCAAACCCAAUCUGUCUUCCUCCAAGAACCAAACCAAGAUUUUGAAAUCCACCAAGAAUGUCCAGUUGAAGCUGCUCAAUCCCACAUCAAAACCCUCAAAUUCCACCAAACCCGCAUCAAAUUCCUCGAAGAAAACCUCAGAUUCCACCAAACCCACAUCAAAUUCCUCGAAGAAAACCUCAAAUUCCAUCAAACCAAGCUCACCCAAGAACCAAACAACCAAACGCACCACCCCAAAACAAUACCACAACCUCGUCGACAAGAAAAAAACCACCGACACCAAAAGACCCACCCAACAAAAACCCAAAAAACAAAUCGAACCCAGCUGGAUCGACCAAGAAGACGACACCGAUUUCGUGUCGGAUUUCACCGACUUACCCGGGAAAUUCCAGCAAUCCCUAAUCCCAGAUUUGGAGAGAAUCUCGACCACCUCGAAGAAUUACCUCACCAAAGCCAACAAACAAAUGACGAACCAGUUCAAGCCCAUUGUCGGCAACAAGUACGCUGCCAGCAUCGCCUCCGCCAUGUCGUGCGCCUUCCUGUUGAUCCCUCUGCUGUUAGUCUCUCUCCUCUUCAACCGCAUCAAAGCCUACUUCUCUCUCCAAAAGCUGUUGAUCUUCGUCCAAGUCUACCUCUCCAUCUACUUCUCCAUCCUCUGCCUCUCUGCUCUCGUCACCGGACUCGAACCUCUAAAGUUUUUCUACGCUACUUCGCAGUCCACCUACGUCUGCCUGCAGGUACUGCAGACUCUCGGCUACGUCUUGUACCUGCUGCUUCUGCUCAUGUACUUGGUUCUGGUUUUCUCGACCGAUUCUGGGCUGGGCUCGAAAGUGUUGGGCCUGGCCCAGAUAUUCGUGGGGUUCGCCGUUGGGCUUCAUUACUACAUGUCGGUGUUUCAUAGGGCUGUGCUGAAGCAGCGGCCCAAGACCAACUGGAAGGUGCAUGGAAUAUACGCCACAUGUUUUCUUGUGAUUUGUCUGUUUGUCACCGCCGAGAGGAGGAAGAAGGGUUACUUGGAAGAGGGAGGUGAGGAGGGCAAGAAGAGUUAAUUUUUUACUCACGGAGGGUUUAAACAACCAAUGAAAUUCUUGGUAUACAAAUCAAAAUAAUAAAACCACUUCAAUUGGUUUA